AUGAAGGCGACGAGGGUAGAACGGGGUCGUUUCAUAAUUUCUUCUUUCGUCUUCAUCUGUUUCUUGUGUGCCUUGGCUUCUAUAAACGAAGUACGGUAUGAUAGUCUUCUGAAAUUUGGCCGAUGUGCUCUUGCCAACAUCAACAUGCCCUCUAAGGUCAAUGCUUCAACAUCAAACACUUUGCUUGCGCAGAGCUCUUCCUCCGAUGAUGAAAUUCGUAUACUUUUCAGCAUUCUAACGCUUCCUGACCAAUACCAGCGCCGCCACUUCCUGCGUUUAAUCUACGGCACGCAGACUCCGGUGGGAGCGAAAGUGGACGUGAAGUUUGUGUUCUGCAACCUUACAAAGGAAGACCAGAAAGUACUUGUUGCAUUAGAAAUAAUGCGUUACGAUGAUAUUAUCAUUCUGGAUUGCCAAGAGAAUAUGAACAAGGGUAAGACUUACACCUACUUUUCGAGCUUGCCCGAGAUGUUCAACGACACAGAGGGGCCUAAUCCGCCUUACCAUUAUGUGAUGAAAACCGAUGACGAUGCUUAUUUUAGGCUGCAGAGCUUGGUGGACUCUUUGAAGCCGUUGCCUAGAGAAGACUUGUACUACGGUUAUGUUAUCCCAUGCCCAAGUAUGGACCCUUUUGUGCAUUACAUGUCUGGCAUGGGGUAUUUGAUUUCUUGGGACAUAGUGGAAUGGAUCAGAGAGUCUGAUAUCCCUAAGAACCAUUUGGAAGGGCCGGAGGAUAAAAUUUUCGGGGAUUGGAUUCGAGCCGGGCAUCGUGCUAAGAACAGAUUCAAUGCUAAGUGGUCUAUGUACAACUUUCCUGAGCCUCCGACAAGAUGUACACAUGAGCUUUGGCCGGACACAAUUGCAGUUCAUUUGUUGAAGAAUCAAGAGAAGUGGAUUAGAACAUUGAAGUAUUUCAAUGUCACUGAUAAUCUCAAGCCUUCCAAAUUGUACCAUAUACCUUAG